GAGAUAAAGAUUGUGGCCAAAGAGGCAAAAAGAAAAUGGCGGUUUCUCUCCCAAACUCGUUCCUCCAGAUCAACCCAUCCGCUCCUUCUCUGGCAAUCCGAAAGCCGGUUAAGGCGGGAGCGAUUGGCGCGAGAGGAGGAAGUAAACCGGCGACGGUUCAGAUAACGUGCAGGAAGAAGGAUUUGCACCCUGAGUUCCACGAGGACGCCAAGGUUUACUGUAACGGAGAGCUCGUGAUGACGACCGGAGGGACCAAGAAAGAGUAUGUCGUUGAUGUUUGGUCUGGUAACCAUCCGUUUUACCUCGGGAACCGGUCUGCUUUGAUGGUUGAUGCUGAUCAGGUUGAGAAGUUCCGUAAGAGGUUCGCGGGGUUGUCGGAGAUUAUGGAGAUUCCUGUUUUGAAGGGGGAGAUUGUGUUGCCGACGAAGAAGAACAAAGGUGCUGGCAAAGGGAAGAAGAAAUGA